AUGGACUUAAGAGUCGGAGGAAAGUGGAAACUUUAAAAAAAACUUGGCAGUGGUGCAUUUGGUGAGAUCUAUCAAGGUAAUCUAAACUUAUUUUCUAUUGAUGAUUAAAUUUCCUAAGGUGUUACGAUGAAAACUGGUGAAGAAGUUGCAAUUAAAUUGGAACCUACAAAGACAAAGUUUCCGCAAUUGCUUUAUGAGACGAAAUUAUAUAAAAUCCUGAUUGGAGGAGUCGGUAUUCCUUCUGUUCAUUGGUUUGGUGUUGAAGGCGAUUAUAACUGUAUGGUUAUGGAUUUACUCGGUCCUUCACUUGAAGAUCUGUUCACUUUCUGUAAGAGAAAGUUUUCAUUGAAAACUGUACUCAUGAUUGGUGAUUAGAUGAUCCAAAGGAUUGAGUUCUUACACAAUAAUCAUUUUAUCCACAGAGAUAUGAAACCUGACAACUUUUUGGUUGGUAUUGGUAAAAAACAAAACCUAGUUUACAUGAUUGACUUUGGGCUGGCUAAGAGAUAUAGAGACCCUAAAACUGGAGAGCACAUUCCAUACAGAGAUAACAAAUCACUAACAGGAACAGCCAGAUAUGCAUCAGUAAAUACCCAUCUAGGAAUCGAAUAAUCAAGAAGAGACGAUUUAGAGUCAAUUGGUUUCAUCUUGAUGUACUUCUUAAAGGGUUCAUUACCUUGGUAGGGAUUAAAUGCAAAAAAUAAGGAUGAGAAAUACAAUAAAAUCAAAGAAAAGAAAGUCAGUACAACGAUCGAGUCCCUUUCAAGAGGAUAACCAGAGGAGUUUUCAUUAUAUCUUCAAUACUGCAGGAACUUAAAAUUUGAGGAGAAACCCGAUUAUAGUUACUUGAGAAAACUUUUCAAAGAUUUAAUGUAUAGAAGCGGAUACGAAUGUGAUUAUCAAUAUGAUUGGGUCAUUCUUAAGAGUGGAUAAAAGUUACCAUAAGAGGUAAGACCGCCAAUUCAAAACCAACAACCUUAAGUUUAAAAUGAUAACAGGCAGUAGCAAAAUUAAGGUUAUAAAAGAUAAACUACAGCUGAAAUGAUAAAUACUGGUGUGAAUUAAGCUAAAUAAUAAAACAUAGUAGAGGAAAGAAAAGAAAACAGAAUGAUGAUGGGGCAUUAAGUAAUUGGAGGAGCUUAAAUGGCAGGAACAAAUAAUGGCUUCAAAUAAUAAGAGGAAAGAAAAUAAUAUCCACCUCCCUAUGGAAAUUCCUACUCGAAGCCAUUAGAUGAAACUCAAAUAAAUGGUGUCCACACAAAAAGACAAUCAAACAGUAAUGUCAUUCAACCUCAGAAUAGAAUGAAUAAUUCUAGUACAAAUAACAUUUUUGGAGGUGGAUAAGGUGCGUAGUAAACUUACAAUGGAUUCGGAGGAGGAAGAUAAGGUACUGCCAAUUAAGGCUAAGGAGUUAAGGAUGCACUCAGUUAUAAUCCAGUCCCUGCUCCCAAGAUUGCUACAACAAAUGUUAGAGUUAGACAUUAUUGA